AUGAGCCGCCGCUUUGUGAAUCUGCUGGUCAGCAGCUUGCGCCGCCGCGUCCACCGCCCGGACUUCUACGUGCACCGCGUCGAUCCCACGAGCUUGUUCCACCCCGCCGGAUCACCGCAGCCAGCAGCGGCAGAGACGUCCGGCGCUCCGGCUCCGGCUCGGCUGCCCCGCGCCGCCGUGUCCUUCGACUGGCCCUGCCCGCCCAACCAGACCGGGUGGAUAGAGUUCAUGGGCUUCGGCGACGACGUCGUCGCCCUCGACCACGACGGCCGCACGCUCCUCUACGACGGCACGUCGGACGUUGUCUGCAUGAUGAACGACGCGGACUCGCCCAGGCCCAAUCCCAUCUCCGUCACCGUCGGCGAUGGCCUCUACGUGUUGGCGACCAACCCCGGACGGCCGCCCCACACGUACUGCUUCCAGUCGCUCGUCCACGGCGGCACAUUCCCCGGCUCCCCAUGGAAGGAGUGGCACUGGCGCUCGCUCGAGUCGCCGCCAUUCGAUCCCAAGUUCGCGACCACGGACAAGUAUCCCACCAGAUUCAAGCACGACCUGGGGCCGGCGGAGGCGGUGGCCCCGCGCGCGAUCGACGCCUACGCGGUGGUCGGCGACUCAGAGAUCUGGGUGUCCACGGUCAGCGCCGGUACGUACUCCUUCAACACGGCGAGCGGCGAGUGGAGCGCGGUCGGCCACUCUGCGCUGCCGUUCAGAGGCCGCGCCGAGUACGUCCCCGAGCACGGCCUCUGGUUCGGCUUCUCGGACGGCGACGAGCACCUCUGCGUCGCUGACCUCGCGCAGGAACCGCCGGAGACGCAGGUCUUUCCUCUUCGGCACGUGUGGGAGGACCCGCCACGGCCGGAAGCGUGGACCCCGACGGCGAUCCGCCUCCUGCCGUUGGGCUCCGGCAAACUGUGCGUGGCUAGGUGCUUCCGGAGAACCAAGGAGGGGGAGAGGCUGCUCCCGUCGGAGUACAGGCACGAGAAUUCCGAGAGCUUCUGGUGCUCGCCGGCGUGGAGGUUGUCAGGGACGCCGGCACGAGAAGCCUGGAGAUGA